GGUCGGCGGGGGGCAUGGGAAUCCUCCAGGGGGAGGAGGGUCGGUCCCUAAGGCCCGGGCCGCACUGGUGCCCCGACCCCCAGCGCCCGCGGGGGCCCUCCGAGAGAGCACCGGCCGAGGCACUGGCAUGAAAUACAGCCUUGAACUCCACACAUCCCAGAGAUGCCUGGAACGCAGACAAGACCCCAGCAGAAGAAAUACAAACCGGGCAGCACACCUCCCAUGUGCUAGGAGGGACAGGGGCACUGGACAUUGGCUCCAGAGUCAUUUAUUUGUUCACUUAGGCUUUGGGCAUAGCACUGCCCAUUGCGGUAGGCCCACUGGAUCUAGUUCCUUUGGACUGAGAUACCCUGAGGGCUUCUGAUUCUGGAAGGAGAGGAGCUGGGGGCUGAGAAUAUAUGCCCUUAAUGGAGGCUCCACCCCUUCCUGCCGCUUCUGUAUCCUGCAGGAACCUGGGGAAGUCUGGUCUUCGAGUAUCCUGUCUUGGCCUAGGCACCUGGGUCACAUUUGGUUCUCAGAUCUCGGAUGAGACAGCAGAGGACGUGCUGACAGUAGCCUAUGAGCAUGGUGUAAACCUGUUUGACACGGCUGAAGUGUACGCAGCGGGAAAGGCUGAAAGAACCCUAGGCAACAUCCUCAAGAGCAAAGGAUGGAGGAGAUCAAGCUAUGUCGUCACCACCAAGAUUUUUUGGGGAGGACAGGCAGAGACCGAGCGAGGCCUGAGCCGCAAACACAUCAUUGAGGGCCUGCAAGGAUCCCUGGAGCGCCUCCAGCUGGGAUACGUGGACAUCGUCUUUGCCAACCGCUCAGACCCCAAUAGUCCCAUGGAGGAGAUCGUGCGGGCCAUGACCUAUGUCAUUGACCAGGGCCUUGCCCUGUACUGGGGGACAUCCCGAUGGGGAGCUGCAGAAAUCAUGGAGGCCUACUCCAUGGCCAGACAGUUCAAUCUGAUCCCUCCAGUGUGUGAGCAAGCGGAGCACCGUCUGUUUCAGAGAGAGAAGGUGCAGGUGCAACUGCCAGAGCUCUACCACAAGAUCGGUGUUGGCUCAGUCACCUUGUCCCCUUUGGCCUGUGGCCUCAUCACGAGCAAGUAUGAUGGGCGAGUCCCAGAUACCUGCAGGGCCAUCAAGGGCUACCAGUGGCUCAAGGACAAAGCGCAGAGUGAGGACGGCAAGAAGCAACAAGCCAAAGUCAUGGACCUUCUACCCAUCGCCCACCAGCUGGGCUGCACUGUGGCACAGCUUGCUAUCGCGUGGUGUCUCCGUGGCGAGGGUGUCAGCUCGGUCUUGCUGGGGGUGUCAAGUGCAGAGCAGCUGAUAGAACACCUGGGAGCCGUACAGGUGCUGAGCCAGCUGACGCCGCAGACGGUGACGGAGAUCGACGGGCUUCUGGGGAACAAACCGCAUUCCAAGAAAUAGUCCGUCGAGGGGCGCAGGCACCCACAGCGCCGCCCCCGCCGACGAGCGCCUCCCCGCAGCCUCCCCCCUCCCGCCCCGGAUCCCUCCACGCCGCGGCCGGCCGGAACCGGGAGGCCCCGCCCACUAAUGAGGCCCGCCCACUAACGAGUCCCGGCUUCGAGUAGCGCUGCGCAUGAACAAAGCCAUAUCCUUCCGCGGCGGGGCUCGCCAGGGCAAGUAGUGCGCCGCCGCCCGCUGCGUCCUUCUAGGCCUUCCUGCUGACCCCGGGCAUGAGUUACCGAGCCAUCCCCUCUCUGCCACUUGGUCUCGCUCCCUUCUCUCUUCUCCUAGUCGCCGCCGAGGCCCGGGGGAGGGGGAGACACAAAAACAGGGCAGAUCCCGGAGAGAUGGCAAAUUACCUCAAAAGUGGCCCUUCAUAUGUCAUCAAGGGGUAAUAACCUAAUAAGAAGUGAGUUGUGAUGUCAUUUGGGACAAAGGAAAAGGGGCUGUGACCAUAUCUGGUACAAAGGCAGCCAGGCUGGUCCUGGCGGGAAGGAAAUGAUCAUCUUUGAGGACGCUGCCUCCCAGCAGAUUGGGGGGGGGGGGGGGUUGGCUCAAAAUUAGCACCAGUGUCAGUACUUUGCUCUUGCCGAGAGGGGGUCUGGUGGGAAAUACUGUGACAUAGCACUGACGCAGAUCAAAGGAAAUUCGAUGGCAGAUGUAUACAUAUAGCAUGUGCUGGCGAAAGUGGUUGGGGGGGGGGCCUCUCCGAAAAGUUGGGCUGUGCUUUGCGGGGCGAGGGGGACAUAGUGACAGCCUUUAGGUCACGCAAAGACGUGGGGCUGAGAUAAAAAUGUCCGGGGGUAGACUUUUGAGCCUUGAGCAGGAUUUCCUACCCGGCAGUUAAAGCAAUAAUGAUGGCCCCUCAUCUGUAAGACUUCCCAGGGAACUUGUAAAUAAAAUCUCAGCUUGA